AUGGCGAAGAGGGAAAACAAUUUCAUAUUUGGAGAUACUUUGGGUGAAGGUUCCUUUGGUGCUGUAGUUCUCACAACAGACAAAGACGACGGGCGGCAAUUCGCAACAAAAAUCCUUGACAAAAGUCAAAUCAUUCGAUUGAAAAAACAUGCAACUGUUAAGCGAGAGCGUGACAUCAUGUCGAUGUGUCAGUCCAGUUACAUCGUUAAGUUAUUCUACACCUUCCAAAAUGAGACUUCUCUAUUCUAUGUCUUGGAGUUAUGCCCCAAUAGAGACCUGAAAUUUUAUUUCAACAAGUAUGGCUCCUUUAGUGAGAAAGUAACUCGAUUUUAUAUAGCAGAGAUCUCGUACGCAGUCAAGUAUCUUCACUCCCUCCACAUCAUCCACCGGGACUUGAAACCCGAAAACGUCCUGUUGAGUAGUACAAUGCACGUCAAAAUCACUGAUUUUGGAACGGCUUGUGUGCAAUCGCCCGAAGCCCCUCCCCGCAAAUCGAGUUUUGUUGGUACCCCCGAAUACGUUGCUCCUGAAAUUAUCAACGGAGCUGUUGGGUUCAACAAAGGAGUCGAUUAUUGGUCGAUCGGGUGUAUGCUCUUCCAGUUCUUGACCGGCGAAUUCCCGUUCAGAGGGAAGUCCGACAAACUCACCUUCGACGCAAUCAAUGCGGCAAGUCCUUCCUACCCGCACAACAUGCCGCCCAACGCAAUGAGCCUUUGCCAAAAGUUGAUGCAAGUCGAUAUGAACACGCGAGUUGGUGUCAAAAACUUCGAGGAGUUGGAAACACACCCAUUCUUCUGUGGGACCAAAUUCGACGACUUGAAGAAUCAAACGCCUCCACCUUUCGAGCCGGGAUUGGCGGUCCCAAAAGUCGAAAAUUUCACAUAUCCGGGUUUACUGAAAGAAGGCGAACACGUCAUCUUGUAUAGACAAGUUUGGAAGAGAAAAGGGUUGUCGAGAAACAAACGUGACUUGAUAUACACAGACUUACCACGGCUCUUCUACACCGUCGCAAAAACCCCAAAUAUUAAGGGUGAAAUACCUCUGAGUUCAAAGACUACUGUCCACUUGGUCAAAGGAUCGCAGUUCGUUAUUAGAGUGCCCGGGAGAGACUACCAAUUGGAGGAUGUCCAAGGCGAGCCUCAAAAGUGGAUUGAUGUGUUUGAAUCUACGUCUCAUAAAUGGCCUAAAGAAAAUUGA